AGAUUUCUUUUCGCCCCUUUAGGGAUCGCAUUCCUUAAUAUUAUAAGUCAGCGCGUGGUUGGGGUCUGCCGUGCGACGCGCUUUCUGCUCGGGGUGUAGCAGUGAACAGGAGAAGCCUGGCACGGCCCCAGGGCCGAGCAGCGAGGGUGCAGGGGAGGAGAGGAACUGCCUGAGAUUGCAGUACAGACCCAGCGGUUCUCAACCUUCUGGCCCUUUAAAUACAGUUCCUCAUGUUGUGACCCAACCACAAAAUUAUUGUCGUUGCUACUUCGUAACUGUAAUGUUGCUACUGUUAUGAACCGUAAUGUAAAUAUCUGAUAUGCAGGAUGGUCUUAGGCGACCCUGUGAAAAGGUCAUUUGACCGCCAAAGGGUCGCGACCCACAGGUUGAGAACCUCUGGACUAGACUGUUGGAGGACUGGGACUGGGGCGGGGGUAGAGGGGUCCCAGGAGAUCUUUGUGUGCUCACCUGUGGAGGGAUUCAGAAUUUACCUUCCGGCCAAAUGGGAAGCCACUAAACUGAGUUGUCUGCAGGAAGUAACAGGGUUGUUUCAGAAAAGUCGCCUUGCUAAGCAUGGCACAGAGGUGGGCAAGACUAGCGGCCUCAGGACCAGCGAGAGAGAAGAGUAGCUGGACCAGGGCAGUUCCUCACUGGCUCUUCUGUUAGCAAGUCCAUCUCGUGCACCGGUGAUUGGCUCGUGUGCUGGAUGAAAACGGCUUGGUGUGUCCUGCGUUGUUCCAUUGUCUGCAUCUUGCACGGUCCCCAAGUUAGGAAUCUGGAGGCUAAGGUGUCUCCUAUAGAACAUGAUUGAGAUGUGACUCGCAUCUAUGCCUUCAUCUGCUGUUGCUUACUGGCCCAGAUGUGGGAUCCCACCACCAAGAUUAGUGCCUCUGGCCUGGGCUUGGCCAGCCCUACAGAGCUUGCAUCGUUGGUUAGCCAGCCCACUGCACCUGCCUGGGGAGAGAAGGGAGAGACCAGCCCCGCCACCGGCUGCAAAUGAGGGUUUCCCCCUGCGCUGCACUGCUCAGCUGAAUCUAAUUUGUGAGCCUGUGACCAGCCUUCACCCCCACCCCACCCACCUCCAGGGCCUGGGCCUAGAUUCCUUCCACACACAGCACCCAUCCAGGUCCAGGAUUCAAUAGAAAGCAGCAAGCUUCCCGGCUGGCUUUCUCAUCUCACAGACUGGGACUCGGAUGCCAUCCAUACAGGCCCAGACUUGGAGGACAUCUGUGUGGCCCCGAAUGCCGUGGCAGCCAGAGGAUGAGUGAGCAGCAGGCAUGAGUGACUGAGAACGCUGGACGUCCCUGCAGGCCUUGGCUCAGUCACUUCCUUCUCUGUGGGUGCAGCCGGGAAGCACCAUGAGCACGAGGAAGCGUCGAGGAGGGGCAGCAAAUUCCAGACAAGCCCAGAAGCGAGCUCGGGAAGCAGCCCCCACCCCGGUGAUGGCCUUGGAAACAGAACCCAUAGAGCUCGUAGAAAGCGCUGGCGAUGAAAUAGUGGACCUCACCUGUGAGUCUUUGGAGCCCGUGGUGGUGGACCUGACGCACAACGACUCUGUAGUGGUAAGCCGUGCGCUGAGGCGGCCCAGGAGGAACACUAGGAGGCAGCGCCAGGACCACGCUGACAGCUGUGUGGUGAGCAGCGACGACGAGGAGCUGAGCAGGGACAGGGACGUGUAUGUGACCACGCACACUCCCAGAAACGCCAGGGAAGAGACAUCGCCGGGGCUCAGAGUGUGGCCACGUCUUCUGCAGCCAGUGCCUCCGAGAUUCCCUCAAGAACGCGAACACUUGCCCGACCUGCAGGAAGAAGAUGAGCCACAAACGCUAUCACCCCAUUUACAUCUGAUACGCUGCGAGCUGCCUCGGAGAAGGACGGACAGUGACAUCCCCGCGGGCUCAUGCGGCCUUCGUGGGUUCUCAGCCUCCAAUUUCCUGAGCUCAAAAGACUUUUAAACCAAGGCCUGAUAUGUAGACUCCUCCUUAUUUCCAGCCCUCUGAGGUCCUCUCGUUACCUCCAGCUUGAUGCCUCAGCCGGAGCCACAGCCCUGCUGGCCAGGUGCGGCCUGCUCCCCUGGCAGCCUGGUUCCAGGGCAGGCGAGGAGCUGAGCACCUUCGAGUUGAGAAGCAGGUUCCAGCCUCUCCGGGACUGCACGUUUGCCAAGAAGCUCCCCCGCGCAGGAGGUGUGCGCAGCUUCCCCCACAGUGUUGUCGGGGAGCCAGCCCUGGUCAGGGCAUGAGCCAGUCCACCCAGCUCCUGCGGGCAUGCUACCUCACCCGGCCUCUGCCCGCACAGUGACCGAGCCGACAGCCCCGGAGGACCAACCACUGGGCUCCUUCCCGACCUUAGCAGUGACGGGCAGGGAUUUCUGCAGGGCCAUGCCCAGGCCUCUGAGGAUGAAACGUGCAAUAAAGCCCGUCCACCGCCGCCUCCUUGCAGCCCAGGACACGCAGCACCGUGAGUGUCCCUUAGGCCCCGCCCUGUUCUGUCACCCCGUUCUCAGGAACUGACCAGGCCCCAGAAUUCCCCUCCUGGCGCGGGCCAGUUACGGUACACAGGGCAGGCCUGUACUCGGUGUCCGCUCCUUUCUGAUAAAAUCCGUCCUCGUCACCAUAUGCCCGCUGGUCCUCAGUCCCCGCUGCCCACGGUCUCCUCAAGUAUGGACACCGGAAGGCGGUGCAGUAUUUGUGGCCUUAUCAGCCCCUGUCCAGCUGUUGCCCAAGCCGCAGCCACCCUGUGUCUCAGAGCGUGGCCCACCUGACGAGCUGGGUCCUGCCUUGGCCUUCUCACCACCCCACCAACCCACCAUUUCAGAAGCUGGUCCUCUGGCCAUCUGGACUGUGGCCCUCUGCAGUUCUGGUUGGCAAAGUUCAGUGGCCUCUCCUCACCAAGGGGCAGAUAACACCCCCUGCCCACUCUGCAGGCGUAGGAGCCUCUGGUUUCCAGGUGGCAGCACUGCUCCUAACGCACAGGGCUGAGGGGUGACGGGAGUGCCAGCCUUCCCCACCCUCCCCACAGGCCUCAAGCCAGACAGCAGCCUCUGCAUGUGGAGCGUCAGCCGGGGGAGAGGCCCCAGCUUUGCAGCAAUAACUGGCCUUCAGUUCCCUGGAAGGAGCAGGGACUGGGCACAGUUCACUUUAACGGGGCUGAAGGAGUGUCCCUCUUCUGUGGAAGUUUUAUUCUUCAUUCUGCCUUUGUAGCUGUUCGGCUCACUUCCAAUUAGUCAGUUUGAAUGAAAGGAAUAAUGUUCUACUUGGAGGUGAGGAGGCAGGACAUGGUUCCCACGGGGGCUGUGCCGUGUCUGCCCUCCGACCGGACGUGGUUGCCAUCGCGUUUCUUCCGGGCUGCAUGGGAGCGUCUCCUGUGACCUGACAUUACAGCCUCCAGGAGCCGGGAUGACCACGCAGCCCAAGCCCUGCUUUACAUUUUAGGACAAACGACUGAUCGUGAAAGCUGUGCUUCUACAUUAAAUUGUGGGGGUGUUAAGUUUCUACUGUCAGAAACUACAAAAUAGGAAAAGGUCGAUAUGAAAACCCCUCCUUCUCAGUGUACAUAAUCCAAAUCUUUCUUUGUUAUGUUUAAACUUUACCCAUAAUGUCAGUCUGUUUCGGACCUCUGCUGGUGUUACAGAUGCAAAUAAAACCAGGAAUUUGAACCAGG